GUUUCGUAAACCUGUUGGGUGUUCCUACCACCAGGGUGAUCCUACAAGAUGAGUUGAAGACUUUCAUAUAAACCCUCCCAGGGGGGGUAGGGUGUCCCUAGUACCCAAGAUCAUAUAAACAGCACCUAAGCCAGACAAUAAUCCACCCUUCUGGAAAGUACGUCAUUUUGGCUAUAGAGCCUCGUUUUCGUGUGUGUAACAUUUAUUAAAGCUCCAUGCAAACGAGGCUCUAAAAAAUUUGGACCGCCCGCUAUAUUUCGACUAACAUGAAGUUUCCUAUAAACACGUGGAACUGGUUGAUUCAAGUUAAAAAUUUCAAAACUAAAAUGGUGUGUAAUCAAAGUUUUAUUUAUUUUUCUACGUUUGUGAGCUUUUCAUGAACACAUUUUGGUUGUGUUAAGGGUAAAUAUAAUCAUGAGGCCAAAGAAAAGUAAAAAGAAGUUUUUUGCUCGUGUGAAAACGGAGAUAAAAAGUGAAAUUUGUACAUGUGAUUUAAACGAAGCAUCGAGUUUACCGUUUGCAGUCGAAGACGAGGUUUUAGCAUGUUGGCAAGACGGUCUUUAUUAUUUAGCUGUUGUUAAAACGGUGAGAUAUAGUAGAGUAUGUGUCGGUUUUUAAUUUGUAAAUUUGUGGGCUAAUAUUUGUUUAAUAUUUGUUUACAAAUUACACAAAACACACGUGGCCCUACUGAUUUGCCAUUAAUUUGCGUAUAUCCGCGUAUCCAGAAGGUCGACUUUGUUUUGCCUGUGAUUUUUGGGGUAAUCAUCAGUGUGACCAGGUUUUUUCAGGGGAAAUUACCACAUCCGGUUUCAUUAAUUACUACAAUCGGUCUAAAAUUACCACGGUGACCAUAUUUCCCUCCCAUUUUUUCAAAAAAAAUGUCCAUAUUUUUUCCCAAGGGUUUUUUCACCAAAAUCUCUACAAUUAAGGUCUGGAAAUUUCAAAUUACCACAAUCGGCCAAAAUUGACGAACAAUUACCACGGUAGUUCUGAAAUUACCGUAGUAAUUACCACAAAUUUCCAAUUACCACAUUCCUCCAAAAAUGACGAAAAAUUACCACGGUAGUAAUGAAAUUACCACAUCUGGUCACACUGGUAAUCGUUGCAAGCAGCAUGAGAGGCAUCUACCCCCACUGAAAAUAUUCAAAAUGGUGGAUGUUCAGGACGUGCAUGCCUCAUAAGCACAUUAGCUAUGAAUAUGGCAACAACGUUUCGAUGACGAAUCAUGGCAUGGCAGUUACUCUUUUUUGGCAGAGUUGACCUUCUGUAUCUAAUCUGUGCCUAGGUGUUGCAUUUAACCUGAGACAUGGGUCGAUAGUCUGGUUAAUAACCCAUUAAGGAGGCCUUGUUGGGGUAAAUUCUGACAGGCGACAUUGCUUUGAAAUUGCAACAUAUAGAAAAUAACCUAGCAUCAUGUUAUUACUCAAACUACUGUAUAUCACCACCCCCCUGCACCAACUCUGGCCUGGGCUAGGGGGGGGGUGCACCCCCCAGUAAAUCCAUCCCUGACCUAGUGCAGUGACAUGAGGAGGGUAACAAAAUUGCAAAAGGAACAUGACAAUGUUUUAAAAAUCAGAUUUAUUGUUUUGAAAAUCAGAUGAGCAAGAUCAGAGCUCGAAAUAACGUUUCCAACGUUCCCGAUCAUGCUGAUAAGCAGUCAUGAUUUUCUACUGAUCAAAUGAAAAUUUGGCCAAUCGGUAUAGGAUACAUUGUGUUUAUAUGUUCUGUGAUAAUACCGUAGUAUUGCAUGGUGUCUGUUAACAACAUUAACCAUGUUUUUGAGACGAUGGUUUUUGCCGAUCAAGAUGAUCGACAAUCUUGCUUCUCUGCCGAUCAAAAGCAAUUUCCUGCCGAUCAUUGAUCGUUGAUCGGCCGUUAUUUCGAGCCCUGGAUCUUGACAUGGAUACCCACCCUAACAGAGCCAUAUGGCAAUCCAAUUUUAUUUCACUCUCUGUAUUUAAUUAACCUGAAACUUUUUCUUUAUUGUCAGAUUGAUAUAGAAAAAUCAAAAUGUCAAGUUACUUUUGAAGAUGAUUCCAUUUACUGGGUUUUAUUCAAGCAUAUUAGAACAGGUAUAUAACACACUGCUUAAAGAAAUUUCCUUUGUGGGGGCAGUGUGGAUCUUUUCUGGAAUGACCCAUUAUUCUGGCUUUCUUUUUAAUUUUACACACUGUAGUUGCAAGGAACAAAGGUGAAACCUUGUGUUCUGUGUGUGACAAAUCAGAAUCAACUCAUCAGAAUGAAAUUGUUGUGUGUGCAAGCUGUUUUCAUGGUAAUUUCUUUACAUACAUUACUAGUACUAGUGGCGAGACUAAGGCUAUGUUUACAUCGGUAUCGGAUUGCGUCCGACGCAAAAACAUACCGGAUAGGGCUUCUGUUUACAUAUGAAAUGUUGUUAUCGUCUCAAUUUCUGCAACGAACCGGUGGUGCGGCGGUUCGAUCUUCGAAGUGGUGUGCGGUGUAUCGGAUCGGUUUUUGCAACGCUCUCAUUGUGAUGUAAACACCAAUCGGAGCAGUUACGGUUCAAUGCGUGACUCAAGAUGGAAUCUGGCAAACAACAACUUACUAUUCUAAUAAUAUAUAGAAGAAAAUACGACGGCAUAGAUGGGCGGGGGCAUAAGCUGUUUACACUUGGGCCAUAACUUUUUGCGAACGAAACAAAAACUGAUCCGAUACAAUAUAAACAUAGACUAAGUGAGACACACCCAAGCUGUGUGGGAUGAAAAUAUUUUGAAUAUUUACUACCCUCUAUGUUUCUAGGAUACCAUCAAACAUGUCACAUUCCAGUCAUUCCUGAGCAAAGUAUUGAUUCUGAAUGGUUUUGUAGAGCCUGUGUGUUUUCUAAGGCCACUAAGGUUCGUUAUUAACCCAUUGAGUGGCAGCCUCUCCACUUGACAAGUAAAAUUGUCUGCCGUUAAAAUAAAAUACUAAAGUAGGGCACAUCGGGGUGCAUUGCCACUUAAAAGGUUAAACUAAAAAUACUCUAACCUAACUUUCUGAAUAUGAAACAAGAUAGAAACAAGACAUAUAUACUCCAAAUGACACAUGACAGAUCUGACAGGGAUUUUAAUAAACUAAAAUGAAAAUAUCACUGCAUAUAACACAGUUCUUGAAAGCACACAAUGCUUUUAUUUGGAGUAGUUUCAUUUAAUUUCUAUAUGUCCUAAAGUUGUUGGCUGGAAAUGGAUUCUAUAUUUAUUAAUCUUCAUAUUACAGUCAAUUUCAGCUGACUUUUCACUCAAAUGUUCCGAACUUUGCAAAUUUGUUGCCAAGUUCAAAAGUUCAUAAUGAAAUUCACAAACAGGUUUGUAAACUGGGCAUUUGAUUGGCUGGUUUGAUUUAAUAGCCAAUCAGAGGCUUUGUUUACAAACCUGUUUGUGAAUUUCAUUAUGAACUUUUGAAUUUGGCAACGAAUUUGCGAAGUUCGGAACAAAGUUCGGAAUCUUACGGUGAAAAGUCAGCUGAAAUUGACUGUAACUGUCUGCAAUACCCCAAAGUGCAUAUAGUUACAAUUAAACAUUUAAUAGGGAUGAAUAGAAAGUGAUUUAAUAAAUACGGUAAUGUUGUGUGCAUGGUAUUUUUUAGGCUGGUGGUGCUUUAAAGUCUGGUGCUGAUGGUAUGUGAUUCAAAAUAAUAUAAACGGCCACAGAAGCUAGUUUAUUAAAAAUAAUUAUCCCACUGCAUAAACAUCUCAAAUUAUUAAUUACCUUGCUUACAACUGAUACAAAUUGCAAUAACAUCUCAAAUUAUUAAUUACCUUGCUUACAACUGAUACAAAUUGCAAUAUUAAUAUUAUACUAUUAAAACUUGUUUCUUGUAGCUGAUGCUUUAAGAACUGUGAAAUCCGUUUUCCCGUAUGAUGUGAGUAUGCGUGUUACACAUUUACACUUUCUGAGCAGCCUAGCUAGGUGGCUGCACGCCUUUGCCCUUAACGUUUCUAUACUUUUGAUAGCAGCUGUCUUAUAUAUAAUGGACAACUUGCAUGUUAGAGUGUUAGACUAAAUUUUAAUCUAAGUACAUGUAAAAAGAAAGGAAUCAAACGCAACAGUUAAACAGAACAUAAUGAAAUUAGUAACAUUGCAAAAUUUGGUUGCAAAAUGUUGUAAAGUACAGAAAAUAUAGCCUUGUGAAGUUUGCACAUUUUCAGUAUAUUUGUAUAUUAAAUACGUGCGGAAAUUGAAAAUAUGCAAACUUCGCAAGGCUAUAUUUUCUGUAUCUUACAACCAAAUUUGGCAAUUUUACUUAAAUUUUAAUAAGUUCUCUACGGGAAUUUACUUUUUUUUGCCUAAAUCAAAAAUUAGUCUAACAUGCAAGUUGUCUAAUUGUUGUUUCAAUUAUUCAGCUGAAUGUGUUACAGUGGGAUGGUAAUCAUAAAUCUAACACUGACGAAAUGUAUUGCUAUUGUGCUGGACCUGGAUUGUGAGUUCAUAUCUAAUACUUUCAGAUUUAAUUGCCAUUGAGAACUGAUAGAGCUGAACAUUUAGUAUAAAGAGAUGUUAUGAUUUUAUUAUUAUUUUUCUAAUUCAGAUGGUAUUACAAGAUGUUAGAAUGUCAGAACUGUCGGCAGUGGUUUCAUGAAGGUACAUAUAAACACAAACCUGCAUUUGGAGCAUAACCCAUUGUUAUGUAAUACUAUUUCUUAAAGAACUAAUUUGUACUUUAUUAGCAUGCCUGCAAUGUCUGGAUUAUCCUCUAUUACUGGGUGAUAGGUAUGGUAUACAGUCGCUUACAUUUUGAUUUUUGCUUCUGCAUUAAUAUUUCCUUUUAUUUCAGCAAUCUAACACAUUUUUCCCCCAACUUCAGAUUGUACUACUUUGUGUGUGCUGUGUGUAAUAACGGUGAAGAAUAUCUCAAGCGUAUGCAGUUAAAAUGGUAGGUUUGAAACCCCAUUAUUUGUUUGAAAAUAUCAGUAAAUUUCUUAAAUUUAACUCACUCUACUUUCAUACCUCAUGCCCUUAUUCGAUCACUUUACUCACUCAUGUGAAAAUACUUGAAAAUAAGAUUUGUAUCUUGCCAGGACCAUGUAAUACCCUCUAUAUGCUUCUGAUUCAGGUCAGAUAUCGCUGCAUUGGUGUUGUAUAAUCUUUAUUUGAAGUACGACAAAAGAGGUUUCAAAAGCAGCGAUGUUGAACUUUUUCUCAACGACAACUGGAAUGUUUUACAAUGUGGCAACGUAAGUCAUUUGCUAACGAUUCUUUUUAAAGUGGAAAACCUUGUCAAACUCUGUCAAUUCUCUACAGUUGCAAGACACUCCAGAGGAAGAAAGAAUCGAAAAACUCACUGAAGUUAUGAAAAAACAAAAACGCAAGUAAGUCCAAUAAGUAAUUAUAGUUUUAUUCAGUACAGUCAUGAUUAUGUAGUGUUUAAUUAGUCGAGUUGCCAACUAUAGCAUUUAUCAAUGUAUUAUUAUUAUGUGCUUUUCAUUAUAUGUAUAGUAGUUUUGUAUUUGGUGGCCAAUGAACAAUCUCGUGUACCCAGAGUACAGAAUUAAUGCCAGAGUAUGCCCAUUCACAGGUUAUAGGUGCUAGCAUACUCUGGGCACGAGACUGGCCCCAAUGAAUGCAAUUUGGUUUCUGCUCCUACAGUGUAACAGUUUUAAUGUUUACCAUCAUCUGCUUGCCCUGUAACGCGUGCAGAAACACGCCAAUGUUGUUUUCGUUGUGUCUAGAUUUCGUUGUCAGAGCAGCGGAAAUGGCAACAUAACUUGGUCAUUAUUCAUUCGCUGUGCUCCCUUUCCAACAAAAGCGAAUUUACUUCUUGAAGCAAAGCGAAAGAGCGAAAGUGAAGCGACAUCAAGCUUGAUUGACUGGUACGUAUGUGAAAUACUUGAAAUCUCAUUUCCUGAAAUGAACGAGUGACAAACUUUUUUAUGUGCAGUUAAUGGAAAGUCAUUGUGGGAUAAAACUAGUCUUGAACUGGUUGGGUGACAGUGCAAGUAGAAAAAGAUACAAACUGUGAAUUUGUUGGGGGGGGGGGGCGUUGGCAGGAGAGCAACCUCCCCCUCCCUCAAUUUCUGAAUAACUGUGUAACAAAGCUGUACCUAUAAUUUCUCAACCAUGAAAGCGUUUUGGUAGGCUAUAAAUUGAGCUAUAUCUAGCAUGAAGUUUACGGCAAAAAAAGUUGAAACAACUAAGAUUUCCAGAUACGAAAGGUUGUCGUAUGUUGGAACUUAACCCUCCCCCCGCCAACAUUUCGCCAAGUGUGUGCCACUGUCUUGGAGGUUGCAAUGUUAUUUGGAAACCGCGGACAGUCUGGCGAAACUGACCUGCGUCCUUCAAAUCAAACACAGGCGACUUUAGUGACUGUCUUUCGUUUCAGUAACGGGAAUUAUCUACAAGCUGAUGACUUUGAAGACCACUCAUCAACAUUAAGUCGAAAAGAGGUAUGCUCUUAUAUAUUGCAUAUUAUUAGGCGUAGCCAUAGUAUUACGGUUAGGCAGACCCUCGCUUAUUUGCGCGCAUUUAAGAACGCACAAAUUUAGAUUUUGAAAGCGAUCACACUAAUUUCAAGUCAUGAUAACACAUAACUCCACGGGCAUGCGAUUACAAAAAUAAUUACACCACUAUUUGCGAGACGAUCUCAAAAUUUUCAACUCCAAAUUUUCAAAGGUGAAUCAUCAAAGCGAGACGGAUACGUCAGAGAUCCCAACUAGUUACCAAGCCCCUCUCUUUCCGUCGUUGUCCAUGUUCAAGUAUUUAUUACCGAGCUGUGGUUCGCGGGGAAGCCCGGAUUUAACUUCGCAGUCUGAUCGUGAUUCCGAGCGUUGUCCGAAAACUGGCGACAAACGGCUGCGAUCAAGCGAAUCAGAGGAUUCUACUAUCAGCGAACCAAUAGAAAAGCGUUUUGUGAAUUACGUAGAACGUUUGUCGGAUAAUAUUACGUCAUACGCGGGAACCAAUGGGAGGCUAGCUUGUGGGGAGGAUUGUCGCUUGCUUGGUCGGAGGUUGGCCAGGAAUGGAAGCAUUGAAUACUUAGUACAAUGGUCUGGUGUUACUCCUGAUAGCUUUUGACGGAUUUCUAUGACAGAGUUGAUGGUACAUAUUCUCAACAAAAUUGUGGUUAGCGUAAGAGACACUAUGAAUAGUUUAUAGAGAAACAUAUAUGGAGAAAUUAAAGUGUGCUUUAUCAUAAAGCAGUUUAAACCUAUAGGGGGGGGGGGAGGGGGAUCAUGUCGAUCCAUAAAGAAAUAACUCGUUUUCAAAGAAACACAAAUAUGAGAUCUUAUAAUUUGUUAUAAUCACAGAUGAUAUAUUAUGGAAUAUAUUUCAUUUUUCUAUAUCUGUUUCCCAACAGAAUUAACUGUCAAAAUUUAUCUGCAAACUUAGUUUGUCAGUUGGCAUUUGCUACAUAGGUCUGUAGAUGUAAAUUGUUAUAUUGUGUGUUAUUUGAACCAAGGAUAAUAUAUAUUUUACGUUGC